AACGAUGACAUUGCAGAGCAAGGUUUUGAGAAGAGAGAGGACUAUCUAAUCAUUCAUGGAUAUCAAAUGGCGAAGGACAAACCGUAUGAUGCCGAGGGCAAACUCAGCAAAGGCAAAAUGCUGAGGGCCUUGCCGUCAGAACAACUUCUUUCAUCUGUAGUAGGUUAUUUCAAGUUUAGACGACAAACUGAAACAGAGCUAUCA